AGUUUAGAGACACCGCCCUCCUUGCUAUUCCUGUAAUGGCUGCUUCCUGUAAGGCGUUGUCACGUGGAACCUCCUAGCUUCCGAGUUCCAGAAAGGGAGUAUUUCAAGUCAGAAACAAUUAUACAUAUAUCGUUUCUUUGAAAACCUUCAGAGCUCAAGAUCCAGCCAUCCCAAGAUCCCAACAUCAUGACCUCAGUUUCAGCACAGUUGCUAGUCCUCAUUUCACUGCUUUUGAUGCUGCCUGUUGUUGAAGCAGUAGAAGCAGGAGAUGCAAUCACUCUCUUUUUAUGUGUGGUUCUCUGCAUUACAGGCAUUUGUGCUUGUUUGGGGGUAUAUGCACGAAAGAGAAAUGGAGAGGUAUGACUUUGAAGAGCCUCCUGAAUCAAACCUCACCCUGAAAAUUUUUGCGCUGUUGAGAUUAAAAACUGAGCUUUGGUGUUUGAAAGUUCCUGAGAAACAAAAAAUAGGGCAAAUAGGAAUAAAUUGAUACAUGGAAAAAAUGUUUUUUCAUAACAAAUAGUGCACUGAAAAAUGCAGUCUAUAGUUUGUGUUUGCUAGUUAGAAAGAGGAUCAAGUAAGUCAGAUGGCUGAAAUUUACAUAAGUAAUAUUUAAUAGUCUCAAAAUUCUCAAAGCAAUGAAAUUGGGAGAAGGACACUUGCCUAGGAUUCUAGGAAGUAGCCACUAUUCAGUUGUAAUCUCUGCCUCCUGUAUUGUUAAGGAGACUUUUCUCUGUAUUUUUACUAAAUUUUUGUUGUCUCCCAAGUGAAUAUUGUACCUAGAUAUUAGAUAUAAAAUAUAGUUGAUCAAAACUUAAAAAAUUUAUUUCUUGGGAAGAAAAGGUUUAAAAAAUGUACUCAGUGUAUCUAACAUUGAAAUGGAGAAAAGAUUUAAUGCAAAAAAUAUACUCUGUACUGACAGUGAAAUAGAGAAGAAAUAUAAUGUUAAAAUCUUUAUAUUAACUGAGUAACGCUCCCAUGGUGAGAAAUACUAUAACAAAUAUAAACCCAUUAUGUUGCAAGUUAA